AUAAAACGUUUUUUUCUUAUCUAUUUCAAUUGUUAUAUACCUUUAGCAGGUAAAGAAACGGUACACCACACCAAUGCCUUGGUAUAAAAUUUAAAGGGAUAUAUGUCAAUUUUUGACAAACGUGCACUCUAACAACAAAACAGUCUAUGAACUGGUUAAAAAUGGCGACUUUGGUGAAUAUAUUACCGACAUUGAUUUUAGCAGCUCUUUUUGCUUGUUCAGAUACCGUGUUAGCGGAGACGACAUGUUUUAUCAAUGAUUUACUGGACACGGCAUCUUGUCCUGGUCCCUGUUGUGCUGGGAGAUGUUGCGAAAAUGGAGAGUCUCCGCCUCCCCCGGGGACUAGCACUAUCUGCUGGGAUCAUAACACGGAUUAUUAUCUAUACUGUCCCACCGGAUGCUGUGAAAAAGGCACUCAGAACGAACGUUGUUGCACACAAGAGGAAUCUCCAUUUAACAGAAUGCAGAACUGGACACUAACUCCGAAGCCAGAUUCCACCCUCUGUUUCAACAACAGCAAGUAUCCUGCAGAUUUUAUUUAUUGUGAACAUGGUUGUUGUGGGGAGACAGGAGGACAGUGUUGUAGGGAAGGAGAAACCCCACCGUCUCCCAAGCCAAUCGAAGACAAAUGUUACCAUGGAUGUACCCACGGCUGCUGUGGGACCACCAUGAGAGUUCGAUGCUGUGUUCCAGGUGAAUAUGGAACUACUACCCGUCGUCAAUUAACAACACGGAAGAGUGAUGUCACCACACAACACCCUGAUUCCACUUUCUGCUACAUUAAUGAAGUCCACGACUAUCGCCAUUGUCCACUAGGGUGCUGUGUUGGAAGAUGCUGCAAUGAAAGUGAUAUUCUCCACCCAGGGGAGACGAUCUGUUACAUCGAAGCUGAACAGAGUUACCGUUACUGUGGUUAUGGCUGCUGUAACGGAAAGUGUUGCAGCCACCCAUCCUCCACCAUGUGCUGGAUGAACAAUAUACACGAUUACAAGUACUGUCCAAUGGGGUGCUGCGGUGACGAAUGUUGUAGUAGAGACGGCAGCACGCAGCAUUCAGACUCGACUUUGUGUUUCGAUGAUAAGAAAGAAGAUUAUGUAUACUGUUCUCAUGGGUGUUGUGGAGGCAAAUGCUGUGAUUUGAUCUAUCAACAAAAACAAGGCCAUCAAAUAUCUGCUGCCAGCAUCGCCUUCAUUGUCUUAGGUACAAUUUGUACCCUGGUUAUUGUAGUCGGGCUCGUCGUGUACGUUAUUUCCCGCCAGCGGGGACUUCCAGGAACUCCAAAUAUCAUAAAAACAGUGCAUUCAGUCCCAGAGCAGAAUGCAUAUGUCUAUCAUGAACCAUAUCAGAAAAUUUAAAGCAUUCCAACUUGCAUCAUUCAUGAAUUUGAUCUGAACCAACCAUUCAUGACUUAAAUGAACAUGCUCUAUUAUAUUUACCUACACAAAACUCUUCCAGUAAUCGGUGAAAUGCUAUCUUCUUGCCAGAAAGGAUGUUGAGAGCCAGAGAAGAGUACUUAGGAGUAGUUUUUACGAUGCUAAUAUUUUUAUGCUAAUAUACAUAAUAUAUAUUUUUAAGUGUGAUUUUUGAUUAUUUUACCAUCGACUCUUGAAUCAAAAUUGAUAAAUUUAGGAGUUAAAAUGUUGUAGGAAUAAGGAUAUUAACAAAAGUUAUUUAUCUGAAAUAACUAAAUCAACUUUGGGUACUUUUUUCUCCUAUCUGUUUGAUAUAAACAUUUAUCAUAUUGUAUAUAUUUUUCUAUUAUACUAUUAAAAAAUCACGUUUUCUGUAUGAAAAGUAUUGCACUCAUAUUACAUUUAAAAUUAAAGUCUUCGUGGACUUGCAAAAAUCAUUCAAAGUAACAAUUCUUAUAAUUGUUUUCAAAAUAUUUUAUUUUUCAAUAGUGAAUAUAAAACUCCCCAACAUACAUGUACGGGGAUUCUUUUUAACACCACAUAGAAGGGUAUUUUAAAUAUUACUGUAUGGAAACCAAGGAUCGCAGAAAAGAAACUUUUAACAUCAACCAAAUAAACAUAAAAAUUUUAUAGAAAAUUACUGUGUAUCAUUCACCGAAUUUUGUCACGAAGUGUGUUCUAUUUACAGCUAGAGUUUUGAUUUAAAAAAGUAAUCUAUCAUUA